AUGACAAAGCUGAUCGACAAGGCGUGUGUCAAAGCAGCAGCGUACGAGAAACGGUCUGAGUACUGUGAGCGUGAAAAAGCCAAAGAGGAUCUUGACAUGGCCACAACACUCGACCCUCUGCGAACCUAUCCCUACAGAUACCGAGCUGCCGUGCUGAUGGAUGAUCAGAGAGAGACAGAAGCAGUGGAAGAGCUGUCAAAGGCAAUAGCUUUCAGGCCGGAAUUGCAAACGCUGCAUCUCAGAGCAGCAUUCCACGAGGCCACUGGGAAGCUGUCGUUGGCCGCUCAAGACUGCGAAGCUGCUCUCUGUUUAGAUCCUAACCACACCGAGACGCUCCAUCUCUACAGCAGAUCCAAGGAUCAAGCUUCUUCCAUUGACAACACCGUUCUUGACUUAGAUUUUUAA